AAUAUUUAUUAUGUACAGACUACUUUUUAAUAUUUUUAACUAUAUAGAUUCGCGGAAAAGAUAAACAAGUUUAACACUUCACAAGGAAACAAGGAACAGAAAUUGCAAAGCCUGUAUAAAUACUACCAGCCCUUGUUAUUUUGACAUUCAUAGUUGGUGCGUGAAAGUAUAUAACAUUAUAUCUACGUGUUUUAAUUAUAAAUACAAUAAAAAUGAAGCUUAUAAUUUUGGUAUGCUUAUGUCUCAUCUCCUUUGUUGUGGCCAAGCCGGCUGAGCAUUACACGGACAAAUUCGAUGGCAUAGAUAUCAAGGAAAUACUUGCGAAUCGACGGUUGCUGGAGCCGUAUGUCAAAUGCAUUCUCGAUCACGGAAAAUGUUCUCCUGAAGGCAAAGAACUAAAAUCUCAUAUCAAAGAGGCCGUAGAGAACUACUGUGCAAAAUGUACGGAUGUCCAGCGUAACGCAACACGCGCAGUCAUCGCUCACCUCAUCAACCAUGAAUCGGCCUAUUGGAACCAGCUCACCGCCAAGUACGACCCUGACAGGAAGUACACCAAGAAGUACGAGAAUGAACUCAAGGCAGCCAAGCAAUAAAACCCAUUUCUGACGAGUCACACUAUACUUACCUAAUGCAUUUUCAGCACUUGGCCAUUAUAAUAGGAUUGAUAUUUUUUUGUCAUUGGAAAUAUAUUAUAGUACUUAAUGUAUGUACUAUUCAGAAUAAUAAUUCGUAUUUCCUAGUUAAACAAGUGCCUGGCAAACAACUUGAGCAUUGACGCGAUUGGCUGGCGAAUGGCGGUGCACGCGGUUGGUUGAUACGUCGACUUUCGCUUCACGGAUUCGUCAAGUUUCUCCCACUACACUGCUUCAGGUCCAAGUUGUUUGCCGGGCACUAUAAUACACUGCAAUACUUACAUGUAACUUCAGGUGAAAUAACCCGUAGGGCGAUAGCUCUCAGCUCCUGAUCUCAUGAAAUUAUCACUACAUGCUAACUACUUUUUGGGCUUCUUUAACUUGUUUUAAUUUGUCAUCUAUUGUAGUUACGAGUGAUACUUAUGUAUGCCAAAGUAAAUAACCCUGUAUCCUGAGCAUAAUCAAUGCGAAAUAUUAUCUCUCUCGCACAUUUUACAAGACACUUUGUCGAUAAGAGAUAAGAAAGUUUGUCGCAUUGAUUGUGCUGGAGCGGCUGAAAAUGUAUGUGGUUGACAUCAUCCUAAUUCCCAGAAUUUAAAUUACACCUAUCUAAUACCUAUCUCUAUUUAAAUUUAAUAAAAAAGCUACAUUUAUGUUAAUAAAUCAAUAAGAAGAU